UUGUCAUGUUCCUUUUGAAUUCCAUUUCAAUAGAGUAAUCUUUCAUGUCAUCCAUAUCAAAGGAUUCUGUUACGGUUCUAGAUUCAGACAAAUACAUCGUAUGCAAUAUUAGUUCAAGUGGAUUUAUAUAAUUUAGAACUUGAUCGGCGGUGUUUUGCUGGUGAGGCAGAAUUAAUGUUAACGGAUCUAAAGUUAUCACGGGCUUUGUUAGUAAUGGGUGUAACAAAUACAAAAGUUUGAAAGGAAAUUAAACAAAAGCAGAUUUCAAUAGAAACGAGAUCUUUCAAAUGGGACUUAAUUUCAUUUCUAGGAUAUAGAUAAAUAUGGCGAGUAAAAUGUGUUUUGUUUUGUUUGUAAAUUAUAAAUGAAAUGGGUUAAAAUAAAGAAGAAAAACUUCCUUAAAAAUGACUAGGGUAAAAAUAAAUGUUUCUGGGACACAUUUUGAAUUUGACCGGAAUAUUGUGAAUGAGAAAACAUGCCGGCGACUGAGAAAGUUAUGUGACCAAUGUCCCGUCGACAAACCAGUAGAAUUAACAGUUGAUCGGUCGGCAAUUGCAUUCGGUGCCAUACUUUCGUACUAUCAGACUGGCGAAUUGCAUAUUCCGCCGGGAAUAUGUCCCGGUGCUUUUCGUCGGGAGAUGGAAUUUUGGGAUCUGGACUCUGAUGCACUGCACGAGUGUUGCUUGUACAGAUAUCAAGCAUUCCUUGACGACGAGGAAACCCGCCGGCGAUUCUUGAACAAGGCUCUUCAACCGACGCCGGCGACAUCGCCUGUAAUCCAGUCAGCGGUAAUCGGUAGCUUAAUGACGUACAGAUCAAAAUUGUGGAAAGUAAUAGAUAAUAACGAAAAUUCUAUAGCUGCGAAGGUUUAUUUUGUGCUUGUAUUUGGGAUGGUGUUGCUGUCAAUUCUCGUACUGGCUUUCAGUACGGUUCCAUCUUUGAGACGUGGGGUCUCCAAAUGUGAGCUUCUGGAGUACAUAGAAAACGCCAAACGUGAAUACUAUGACAAGGUGAAUGAAAAAUUAGGAUACCCCGACUGUUCAUCGUCAACUGGAGCCUGGCCAUCAGGGAGCAGUUGGUAUGAUGAUGAGAUAGACUUUUCCCAAUAUGAUUGGGACUAUUACGAAUAUCUAUGGCAGCAGUACGAGGAUUACUAUGCUGAUAAUAACGAGACAACAACCAUGGCGUCUUCAACAUCAUCAACCACAGCGUCUUCUAUACAUUCAAAGCGAGAGACAAAGCCCCCUAAGAAGCCUCAAUCCGUUCUUAGAACAAUCAAUAUCCCUGACCUUUCUGUACCGAAAUUUCCUUUCUUAGUGCUCGAAGUUAUCAUUAAUACGUUCUUUACAAUCGAUCUUGCCCUGCGUCUGGUAUCGUGCCCAUCUUUGAAACGCUACUUAACCUCUAUUAUCAAUGUGUUGGACGCGUUUGCUCUUAUUGUCGUGCUACGUACAUUUGUUAAUCGUCUCUAUCGAGAAAGAGUAUCGUUAUACGGAAUCCAUUUGGCUAAAUCUGCUUGAUUUUGCCAAGUAUUCCGAGCACUGCGUCUCUUCAGAGUCGUGAAAAAUGUUCGGGCAAGCAAGGUCCUGGCAUACUCUUUGACCCAAGAUUUGCGAGACAUGACAUUGUUGGUCAUGUUGCUAUUUGUCGGAAUAUCAACGUUCUCUUGUCUCAUAUACUUUGCAGAAUCGCGUGCGACUAUUCCAUCAAUUCCAAGCGCUUGGUAUUGGGCAAUCGUCACAAUGACCACGGUCGGUUACGGUGACAUCUCGCCCCUGACGGGAUUUGGGCGCGUGAUCGCGUCUGUCUGCGCAAUAUGCGGCGUUCUACUCUUAGCGAUUACUCUCCCAAUGUUUGUCAACAACUUUCUCACCCUGUACCAGUACUCUUGUGUCAAUGACUCAAUUGAGAAGAGGAAAAAGUUGAAAAAUGAGCAAGUAGAUAAAGGCAAAGCGCCUGUAGAUGACGACGUUGUCGUCCAUGACUUGGACGCAGACAGUCCUCCCCCCGCGUACGAAGCUCCGUUAGAACGUGCAAACAAUCCUGAUAAUGUAAAGAAAGAAAAUACUGUAUUUCUUGUUAAAGAAGCUGUUGUCACAUAGAUUUAAACUACAUGUAGUUUUUAUUUGUUUGGGUCGA